AAUUUUUCUGCGAGCGAUUAUUAGCAAAUGCGCACAAAGCUGAAAGCGCACGAAGCGCGAGGAAAUAUGGCCGUGAUGGCUGCGGUGCGUGCUCCUUGACGGGAUUGACGGGAACGGGAGUCCGCCUGCCAGUGUUGGAUCGGUCAGGAUGAUCGUCUUCCUCGUUUCGUGACGUGUUAAGUCUGACCUUCGGCAACUGGCGUUCGUCCCAGCGACAUGGAGUUAGGCCUGUCCAACACGCUGCUGGCCGGUGAUCCACGAUUGAUCGAUCACAUAGUGGGCGAAGUUAAGUCCCAAGGUAUUUUCGAUCAGUUCCGGAAGGAAUGCAUCGCCGAUGUCGAUACGAAGCCUGCGUAUCAAAAUCUGAGGACAAGGGUUGAAGGUUCCGUAAACUCUUUUCUUAGUAAGCAAGUAUGGAAACCAGAUUUGAACAAGAAUCAGCUCAGGGAAACUUUGCGCAAGCACAUACACGACGCACCGUAUCUAGAUGCUGGCGUGGAGCGGAUAGUGGAUCAAGUGGUGAAUCCCAAGGUCUAUUCGGUUUUUAUGUCACAGAUAGAAGAUGUAGUGUACAAAUUUCUGGGUAUAGAGAGGCCAAAGGCAAAAGAGAAGAACGGUGGUUGCGGUCUUAAAGAUUUGUUGCCUAAAGAUUUGGAUCCGGUCUCGCCCGAGUCCGACAAAAACAGCUUGAAGGACGAAUCUCUUGAAUCCUUAGAUAUAAACGACAUAAAUGAUUUUGACAGAAAGCAGGAUGAAAAAGUCGACGAGCAGAGGCCACAAGACGAGGAGACGUACAGAGAUAAAAACAGAGCUAGUUCUGAAAACGGGCACAUUUCCUUGGAAGAGAAAACAUCGGAUGAUGCCUAUAAAAUUCUAAGUAAGAAUGGAAGUAAUUCAAACUUAAACACAUCUGCGAAAUCGGAUGAUAAAGUGGACGAGGAAGAGGAAGAGGUCAGUCCAACGUUUGAGCCUAUUGAUAUCAUGAACUUAAAUGAAUCCAACAUUUCCAACGAUUCUCAUUUGUCGGGAAUAUCGGAAUUAACGAGUCACAGAUCUAGAAGCCCAGAUUUUUCGAACGAAUUGUCGCGGGAUAACUUCGAGUAUAGCAAUCAAGAUUCUCAGCUCAGCAAAGUUUCCUCGGAUUCCCGGUUGUCGAUAGUGACGGACUUCGGUUCCUCUAAUCACGCUUUAACACCGGUACACGAUUCAUCGAGAGAUGAAACAACGAAGGACAAGUACGAGGCUAAAAGCAGUAAGGAUAAUUUCAAGGCGAUCAGAGAGGAUUCGUCUAAGAACAAGACGACUAAGAGCAGUUUUGACUUUGUUAAAGGUAAAGAUGUGCAAGAUUAUAAAGAUACGAAAGAUUUCAAGAGUACUAAAAGUGUAUCUUCUAAAGAAAAUUCUCGCGACGCCGCGGAUAGUAGUAUUAAAGAUAAGUAUGAUCAUAAGAGCAAAGAGAAGAGCAAGGAUAGCGAGUCCACUAAAUUGUUGAAAAGCACAAAGGAAAAAUCUGCCAGUAAGGAUGUAAAAUAUUACAAAGAUAAAAGUAACGAGAGAAAGAGACCGAGUAGUGAGAAAUAUGAUAAACACAGCAGUGAGAAGUACGACAAACACAGUAAAAGUAAACCUAAAGAUAAAAUUGACCAGGCGAGAGAAAGUUCUGACAAAAUUACAGAUAUUUCAGAAAAUUUGAAGGAUAACGUCAACAAACUCAAAGACGAGAAGCUUAAGGAAAUAGAGAGGAAAGAUAAGGAUAACGUUAAUAAAGAAGUGAAAGAUUUGAAAGAUAUGUACAAAGAAAAAAUUAAAAAAAUUAUAGAACUUCGGGAAAAGAUAGAAUUGACGGAGAAAGAAAAAUUAAAUAAGGAUAAAGAUGUUAAACUUAUUAAAGAUACUAAGGACAGAAAGGAUCCUCUUAAAGAUAAAAAAUCAAAUAAGAAAGAGCACAAAAGUUCGUCGUCGUCGUCAUCGUCAUCGAAAAAUCCUUCUAUAAGUUAUCAUGAAAGUAGAAGCAGCAAAACGUCGGAAAAGAUUGUGGAUGGAAAAGAUAAACGAUCUGAUUCAAAAGACAAAGCAAAACGAGAUGAGAAGCGAUUGUCGAAAGAUAGUAAAGGUAAAAGUCAUUACAGUAGCAAAUCAGAUUUAUCGGACAAAUCUGACAAGUCAGAUUCGAAGAAGAUUUCCAAGAAUGAGAAAGAAGAUAAGAGCGGGAAGGUGGACGCGAAAAAGGAUGUCAAGGCGAGCAUCGAGAAAACGACGAACAGUAAAAAGGACGCGAAGAGCCACUUGCAACAGGGCAAGAAUUCAGGUCGCGUCGAGAAGUCGGACAGAAAGGAGUCAAAAACCGACGGUCCGUCCAAGGAUAAAAAGCGUAGAGAAGACAAAAAAUCCAAGACGAAAGACGAUCAUUCGAGUUUACGGAAAAACUCGAACGAUCGGCGUUCUACCGACAGAGACGGUUCGAACGGCUCGAAUAAUAAAACCCUACCGCCCAGCAAUUCGAAUUCUAACGUAACGAGCACCAAGUCGGGUACGUCGAAUUUGACGAAGGACAAUCAUGUAAGUAAUUCUAGCAGCGAAACGUCGGAUAGUAUCGAGGAAACGCAAGUGAGUGAUUCGAAGACAUCGCAUCAGUCGAAUUGUAAAUUAUCUCAGAAAAUCAGUUCGCAACUACCGACAAAUGAAAAGAGCCAUUCGAAGAUGGAGACCGAUAAUAGCAACGAGGCAUACGAUAGACAGGAAGAAAAAGAAAAAGAAGAAGAAAAAAGCGCAAAUCCAUGUGACACGAACUUGCCGCUGAAGAAGAGGCUGCUGCCGGAUAAAGACGGUGAAUCGAGUCCCGACGUGAAGCUCAAGAAACCGAAAUUCGCGAAAAACAUACACGAAGCUAAGAAACUGAUGAAAAUCAGAAAACAGAUGGAGAAGCAGAAACUUAAGGAGGAUAAGAAAGUAGAGAAGAAAGUUGCACAGGAAGCGGAUCAAGCGAGUCAAUCGAAUACGAAGAAUAAUCUCGAUAACCUCGAGGGCGUGCCGGACGACGAACGGGUUCAAAUUAUAGAGAUCCCUGACGAGGAGUACGAAGAACCUUACCCUGAGAAGCACGAGCCCCGUUUAAUGUUGGACGAGAGAUCGAUAAUAAUGCCAGGAGCCGAGUCUUGUGCAAACGACCUCCUAAAGGAAUUGUGUACAAGGCAAUCUUCAAGCGGAGUGGUGUCAGAUGUGCCAUCAAGCGCAGCACAGGCUACACAAGAUUCUGACAGGAAACAUAAAGAUUUGCACGUUGAAGGUAAAAAAGAUUCGCAAGCCUCUAAAGAGACACAUAAGGACGACUCGGAGGAAGCUUCCAAAAAUGAGACAAAACGUACGAUUCUUGACGAAGAAAAAUCUCUACAAGCAAAGGAAACGCGUAUUUCGCAGGAGCUGGGAGAAGCUGCAGCCUCAGAAAAAUCAGAAUCUCUGAGCCAUAAUGAGAAUAAAAACGUAAAACAAUCGACGGAAGUGAAUACAGCGACACGGGAUUGUAAUCGAGCGGAAACACAGGAUGAUAAUGAAGAAAGGAAGAAUGAUGUUACAUUGGAAAUACCAGACGAUAAUAAAGAAUCAUUGAAUGAAAAGCAAAUAGAAACGCGUACGUCAUCCAAAGCUGACACAAUAGAGUCGCAUGCCGAUUGUAUGGGAAAUAAAUCUUCGUCCUCCGCGAUCAACGAGGAUAACGAGGAUUGCCGUUACUUCAAGACUGACAACGAGAAGUCAGAAAGGUUUUCCAAUUUCUUGGAAUCUUUAGAACUUGUGGAGAACUCGUCUUUGGAGGAUAUAAUAGAGAGUCUAGGCGGCAAGGUGGUUUCUUCGAUACCGAAGUCCAUGGCACCGCCGUUGCCGAAAUCGCGCAAACGUUCGUCCAGUCCCUUGUCGGACAUACUGAUGAAUAAUUCAGACAACAAUAAUGACGGUCAUAAGCAAAAAUUGUCGUCUUUGCCCAACGAAAACGCGGUACAUAACGUUAAGAAGAGGAAAUUCACCAAGAAACCGAGAUUCUCGAAUUUGUGUAAUACCCAAGGGAUCUCGAAUGGCGAGAACUUUGUCAUGCCUCUGAGCCCCGACAGCGACGUGUCCGCGACGAGCGAUAAAACGGCGUCGUCUAACGUGAUCAAAGAAGAGAAGAGCCGUAUUAGGACCAGUCAUCAACGAUACUCAAGCGAUGAUUUAUAUAAACCACGUCCGUUAUUUUCAAGUUCUUCUCGUCGAAGCAGACGAGCUAAUCAAGCAUAGCUAGCGCCCCAAGGAUUCAGGUUGAAUUUGUACAAUUUCCAAGCAUAUUUAUUUCGUUUCAUUAUACAGUAAUAUACAUUGUAUUUGAUUACAAUAAUUCCUUAUUUAAUUCACCAUAAUUUAAGAAAUUGUUUUGUUUCUUCUAUUGUUUUAUUACUAAACAAUAAUUACGUACAAGUAAUGCGCAUAAUUGGAUAUUUGUAAUUUUGAAACUCAGUUAAUACAUAUCGAAUUUUAUAACAUUUUAAACGUUUUAUAAUAUUUUGAACAUUUUUUUAUACCUGAAAUUCUGAGUACGAGCUAGGAAGUGGUAAAUUUAAGUUAUAAAUUAUAAGAACUUAUUAAUAUCCAUGAUAAUCCGGUUUAAUAGAUAUCAUUGAUUAAAAUACAAUAUCUUAGUCAGCUCUUCAAUUAACGAGUUUACUAGAAUAAUCCUUUAACAAAUUUAUACAUUUUGAGAUAACAGAAUGUUGUCAAUUUUAACUAACAUCUUCCAUGUAAUAUCUAAGACGUGUUAAAGAUUACGAUGUUGAAUAUUAUAACAAGAUUAAUUGCGUAAAUCUCGGGGAGAGUGUGAGCGUUAAAAGGAAAUUAUGUACUUUUCCUUUCGAAAUAGUAUACUCAUCUGCGGACUGUCCACUUUUGUUGAGAAUGAAUUGUCUACUUGUACGCAUGUAUAUAUGUUUAUAUACGAACGAGUGUUCGCGAAUACACGUUAUACGCAAUUUUAAAAUUAUUAAAAUUGUUAAGGUUUGCACAAAAAUAAUAAUCGACUCAUUUCUACGAUCACGUUGGACUUGAUCCGACAAUUGUUUCUUUACGUAAGCUAUAAUCGGAAUCCUUAAGAGGAACCCGUCCUUCCGGUUCCGCGCGUAGAUCGUUAUUCACUAGGAUGACAUUAAAGUGUGUUAUAUACGUAAUUUAUUACACUAUUUAUCUGUGCAAGUUCCCGAUUUUAACGACGCCAACAACUUUUUAUAAUCACGUACGUAAUUAGAUGCACUACAGAUGUAACAACAGUAUAUACAUAUAUUUAUAAGGUUGCCACAGUGUGUGCUAGACUAACUUUCCGCUUAUAUACCAGUUCUGUGGAAGAAAAUAGUUCUUAUAUACAUUUGUAGUUUUUAUACCGCGAGUGAUUUAGCGAUUAAUCUUUUUCAGAAGCAUUCUCAUAAGGAACUCCGACAUGCGUGUGUGCGUGUACAUAAGAAUUAAAAGAAUACGAUGCGGAUCGCCUGUAAGAUAACGAAAGGGAUCACCGAUAAGAUAAAAAAAGCAUUAAGUAAGCGCCAUAUGAUGUAAACUAAUCUUAAGUUCUUAAGACUCGGUUCGAGCUAUAUCUCACGUCGUUGGAAAACUGAUAAAAUUCUUUUAUAAUUUUCACUUUCUCUACAUCUUCGUCUUUUCACGUUAUUUAUACCAUUGUCUUCUAGCGUAAUUCGUUCAUUCCUCGAAUGAUACUGAAUUACAAAGUAAUAAAAAGAAAAUAACUGAAA